UCGCAUAUUUAAUUAGUAGGUAGUAGAGGCUCCUUGCUAUAAUCGCGUACGGAGUACUUCGUACCUUAGUAGCAUAUACCUUAUAGGGUAGUAAGGAAGCCCUGGCCUCCAUUUAAAACUAUUAUCAUUGGCGAAAGCUAGGGGCCGUGAGGCUACUGGUGAUCUGAAGCCAGGCACUUACAGAAACACGAUGGUUGGAUUAGAUGAAGAAGGAGCUUAGUACAUAUCUUCCAGAUCCAUAUAUAUAACGAGGUCUAGGACUAUAAGGUUCCUUUUAAAGUAUUUCGGAAUCUGCAAUAUCCAGGAUUCUGUCUGCAACCGCAGUGGAUCUCCCUAGUUAACUAGUUAGAUGACUUAGCAGAAACCACACCACACCAUAAGCGCCGCAUCUGACCAACGACCGGUACAGAAAGUGGUAAAUACCUGUAACAUAAUAACGAGUUAACUCACCCGAAGAGAGGGCUUCACAGCCGACCAAGCACCAGAAGUCUUCCCCCUUGCCCUGUGAACUCACAGCCAGAACUGCACCGGCCACUGCUUCUCCUUUCAUGAUCAUCCUUAAUAUCAUCUCCUUGUUGGCGACGUUUGGACUUUAUGACCAUGUCUGAGCGUCUGACUUCGACACAUAGCCUGGCAACAGUUGGGCUAGAGAAUCUAUCUCCAGAGCACUUCGAGGUUUUGCAACAGGGUUUCUGGACAAUCCUUUUUACCGAUCUAGCCACAGAGACAUUUGCCCAAGUCGUUGACGGCCGUCCCACGCGUGACGUCUAUCGAGACUAUUUCAACGAGUUUCGCAAAAGCUUCGAGAAUAACAUUCAUCCAAGCAAUGCAGCCUUAGAGGCUGUCGAAUCUUACCGUCGAAAUCUAAACCUUGGUAGUACUCAGAUCAGUGCAAAGCUUGCACAAGCACUCCAAAACGCCAAACCUGGAUCAAGAGAAUUCCACCUGCGUCUGAUUGAGACUCUUGCUGUCCUCUGUCAUGGCAUCGCUGUCCACCUGUACCAAGCCUACGAUGGAGGCUUCUAUAAGCCAGAGCCCCCCGACCCUAUCACAUGGCACGAGGAACUCGUCCCUAAUAUGCCGCCGCCACCGCCCCGUAAAGCUUUACCGGCGGAGCUUUACCAUUUCUCUUACGGCUCCUGGAGCCAAUACCCAAAUGGAGUUGCCGACAUUGUUGGUUACUGGGCGGAGUACCGUCUGUUUGGGGGGGUUGUUCUGUUUGAUCGUGGGGAGACCGGGUUUGAAGUAAGAAGACACUCCUGUAUUUCUCUUGCAAGAUCCUUCAAUCACUAACUCUUAAUCAUUUUCCCACCCUAGUGCAAGGAUAUCUUUAUUCACCCUGUGGGCAGGUAUAUGAUCUUUCAACUCUCAGAAACCCAGGUGCAGGCCUAUAUUAGCUUUCUACAGGGCGGACCACAGCCUCCAUGUGGCAUUCGCUUUAAGGCUGAAGAAUAUGCACGUCGUGUUGAUAAAAACUAUGCUAUGGAUAUGAAUAUUUAUCGUGAUAGAUAUGAACGGAUUAUACCUAAGCGGCGGGCACGCUGUAUUAUUCGC